AUGGCUUGUGAAUAUGGAAUUGGAAAGACAGUUUUGGACAUUGCAUCAUUGAAGGAUAAAACAACUCCAAUGUAUGAAAGAAUAAACAGUUUAAUUAAAAUGGAUGAAAUGUUAAAUUUUGCAAAAGAUGCAAAUUGGAUAAAAUGUGAAGAAGUAAUUCAAGAGAGGCCAAAAAUAUUAAAUGAAAAACCUCCGUAUAGAAAAUUUUAUUUACUUCAUCAUUUGGCUUACAGUGGAGCAUUUCAAGAAUUUGAACAUCUACAUGAAAAAUAUCACUUUAAUUUAAAUUUAGUUGUAGCAACAAUACUAUCAUCACGUUUGGCAAGAAACAUAUCUGUUUGUCGAUCAAAUUCAACAACAGAUGUGACAGUUGUACGUAAUUUAGCUGGUGAUGUAUUAUUAAAUACAAACGACAAUUCUUUAACAACCUUCAGUGUCGAGAAUAAUAGUUCGUCAAAUAAAAAUGCUAUUUCAUAUGAUUAUAUAAGACAAAUGACCGAUAGAGAUUUAUUAAAUGCAAUCACAGAUCCAAUAACAAAACAAAUUUUACGAAAUCCCGUUUUAGCAUCCGAUGGUUAUACAUAUGAACGUGAGAGUAUUAUGGAAUGGUUUAGACUGUGCAAAAAUUCUCCGGUAACAAAUGUUGAAUUUAUUAAUUUUGAUUUAAAGCCAAAUAAUGUAAUACUUAGAAUGUUAAAAGUAAUUCAAUCACGAUCGGAUGAAAUUCAAAAUGUAUCUGCUGCAAAUGAAGCACGAAAUUUUGUGACGCAACUACCAAUAUCCUAUACCGUAGAAGAGGGUGACACAUUACACAAUAUUGCUAUUUCAAAUAAUUUUACAUUGGAUGAAAUGAAAGCAGCAAAUCCUGAUAUUGAAAAUUACAAUUUCCUACGUAUAGGACAAAAAAUAAAACUUCCAGUUGUUCAAAAGUUAAUUAGUGCAAAUGUUAGAACUUUUCCACUCUCACAUGAUACACAUUCGGAUAAUCAUGAUCAUCAUCAUUUAACAACAGCAUCAACAGAUGAUCAGAGAUUUAUACCAAAAACUGUGAACGAAAAAGUCUUGUCCGAUAUGAAACAAUCACUUCUUGAAAUAUUUUAUAUAUAUGAUGAAAAUCAUGAUGGGCAGCUGUGUUUCGAUGAAUUUAAAUCAUUUAUUUAUAAUUUAGGUUUAAAAACAUUAAAUGAAAGACAAAUAAAUGAAAUAUUUUUAGUAAUUAAUAAUGGUACAGCGACGAUAACAUUUCAAAAUUUUUACAAAUAUUUUAACAAUUUAGUUCAACAAAAUGAUCAAGUAACUCAUAGUCAAAUUGAAUUAGAUUUGUUUCAAGCAUUUUUAGAAGCUGAUGUUAAAGAUGCAUGUGGUAUGAAUGGAAUUACAACAUUUAUUAAUGAAAGAUGGAAAAAUUUAAAUAAUUUUAUACGUAGAGGAAAAGAUGGAAGAUUGGUUAUGAUUGGUGGUGAUCAACCAGCAAUAGAUGUUUUGCCUGAUGGCUAUACAUUUCUUGAUUUACUAUUAUUAGUACCAAAUUUCUCAAAUGAGAUAAUACCAAGAUAUAAGAGCAUUUUAAAUGUACGAUGGAUAUCAAACACAGAUAGAAAAUCUCCAAAAAAGUCGGGUGAAUUAAUAUUUCCAAAUGAUUUUGAUGGAAAAUUGCCGGUGGAAACUGCAACACAUUUAACUCUAAAAUAUUAUCAGUGCUGUUUUGCAAAUGAAAGUGCUCGAAGAGUGUCAUUAUUGAACCGUCAUGCUAUACAAACUUUUAGAUAUGAGCCUAAUUAUCAGUCAGAUUAUGUUAGUAAUCGAGCUGGAUUAGAAAGACAUGGUUUUCUAGUAUAA